GUUAGUUGUGUGCUAAUUUCACGUUGUUCAAGAUAUGUUAGAAGUUUCUUUCUUAGAUAUCCCACAUUUAAGCAUUUGACACAAAAUAUGUAGUGUUUAUUCUCAAGGAACAAAGAGUCACAAAGCUGCACGAAUUCAAUAUUCCUUGAAUAAUGUAUUCUACAAACCAUUGGAUUACUGUUUAGUAUGGAGCAAGAGAGAAUACACUCUUUACAUCAUGACCCUAAUGAUUGGCUUGGCUUUGGCACCAUUGGUUCAAAUGAGGAAGCAAAACAGUUUUUUGAUGAAGCCAGAAAGAGAUUUUCAAAGCAUGCAUCUGGGACAGAUAUGUUUGAAAAGUUUGUCCGUGACCACGAGCAGCGUUUUUCACAGCGCUUUUCGCACUUUCUAGAUAUAUCACGGGAAUUUGACCCUACCCCACCAUCAGUCAACAACCCAAGUGUGUCUCAGGAUGGCAGCUCUGAGCCAUCAACUGACUUUAUGACUCCUGGAUUUCCGUUUGCUGGAAGUUCAUUUCCACGGUUUUCAAGUUUUGGUAAAUUUCCACGCUUUAGCAAUAUCCUUAUGGCCUCACCACCAUCGGCCCAUACCAUUUCAACUUCGUGGGCUGAUGCAGAAAAAAUCGAACUCUCGCGCAGCACCUUUUACCGAACUCACAUCAACUCAUAUAGAUUUAGUUCUGAUCAGGUAAAUAGUAACUAUGAAGAGUCUUAUGAAUCAGAAUCAGAGAGUGAAGAUGAAGAGUCAAAUGCAUCUGCUCUUGAGCCCCCACCACAGAGGAAAGCCAUAGAAGAUGUUCGUUCGGAGCCAUGUUCUCUUAGUAUUGCACCAAGCGAAGCAAGUGAAACAAACACUGAAGUAAAUUGUCAAAGAUCUCCAGACCAAACUCCUGAACAGCGCAAAGAUCGUCUAUUUCGUUUAGCAAAUGAAUUGUUGAUGACUGAACGCAGUUAUGUCGCUGUGCUCAAUCUCAUUGAUCAGGUGUUUCAUUUCCGUGUUGAUCAAGAAAAUCGUGCACAUCACAUGUUUCCUCAAGAAACUGUUCCACAGAUGUUUUCAAACAUCAAAUCUAUUUAUAAAUUUCAUAAUGAUCAUCUUUUACCUCAAUUGGAAGAAAGAAUGGGAAAAUGGGAUAUGGAUCCUCGUAUAGGGGAUAUUAUGAAGACCUCUGCUCCUUUUUUGAAGCUGUAUUCUGAAUAUGUAAAAAACUUUGACAGUGCCAUGAGCUUAAUUAAUGCAAUGCAAGCAAAAAAUGCUCGAUUUGCUGCAAUUAUGCAUGAAAUUCAUCAAAUGCCAGAGUGUGGGAAUCUUACCCUUACUCAUCAUAUGCUGAGCCCUAUUCAGCGUAUACCUCGGUAUGAACUCUUACUGAAAGAUUACUUGAAGAAGCUCUCUGAUGAUUCUAAUGACAGAGGAGAUACAGAGAAGGCCCUUCAUCUAGUCUCCCUUGCAGCAAACCAUGCAAACGAAGCCAUGAAGAAAAUUUCACAAUUUCAACAGCUUUUAGAAAUUCAGGAAAACAUUUCUGGUGCAGUUGACCUUGUGAGUCCAACUCGAGAACUUUUAAAAGAAGGGAAGGUCCACAAAAUUUCAGCCAGAAGCACAGAUCAUCAAGAAAGAUACCUGUUUUUGUUCAGUGAUGUGCUGCUUCUUUGUUCACCUCGACUCAUUUCAAACCGUGUCAUCUCUGGUCCAACAUAUCGGCUUCGAGUUAAAUUUGAUAUUGAAAGUCUUCAAGUGCUUGAAGGAGACAACAUUGAAACUGAAAAUACAUUCUAUAUUCGAGAUCAAAGCUGUUGCAAAACUGUUGAACUCUACACUCACACAAGCAAAGAAAAAGAGGUUUGGCUGGAUGCUCUUUUUAGAGCAAUGGAUGAGUUAUAUAGAAGAAAAUCCUCUCUUAGAAUUAGUCCUGAAAGUGACAGCACGAAUGGCUGUGUUCUUGGUCAGAGUGAUGACAGUCCAGUCACAGCUCCAGAUGUGGAUCUGGGUAAAAGAGCUCCAACAUUAAAGCGGAUGGACUCUGCCAGACUUUGCAAGGAUUGUGAAGGAAGUUUUGGCGUUAUGAGAAGAAAGCAUCAUUGUCAUGCAUGUGGACUGGUUGUAUGUGGCAAAUGUUCAGGACAUAAAAUGCCUCUACAGUUUGAAGGAAACAAAAUGUGCAGAGUCUGUCAGUCCUGUUAUAAAAUUCUAAUUCAGCGGUCUGCACCUAAUAGCCCAGAAAUAUCUGCCAGUAACUCUCCUGCUGCAUUUUCUAGAGGAAAGGGGGUUCUGGAGGUUCCAGCAAACGCCCCUUGUGUGUUAAGUGGUUAUAUGCAACUCAAAACCUCCAAAUCAUGGGUGUCAAGGUGGUUUGCCCUUCACUCGGACUUUGUGUUAUAUUCAUUCAGGUCACAUUCUGACAAAAGAGCAAUGACUGCUACUCCAGUUCCCGGAUUCACUGUCUUACUGGUCUUAGACAACAAAGGUGAACCAGAGUCUGGCAAAGAAAAGACAUUUAAAAUGUACCACAAAAGAAAGACUUACUACUUUCAGACAAGUGCAAAAGAAGAUACUAUGAGGUGGGUACAUGCACUCGAAAUGGCCUCACAUGCUGAACUCCCCUCCCCGGAUAGUUCUACUCGGUAAAUAGGAAGCUUAGCACUAGUCAGUAUUGCUGUCAUACUCAGUGUAAAACCUGAUUGUCAAAGUGAAAACUUUUGUUUGGUGACUGUGAAUGUUCACAUGUUACUUUUAAAGAAGUACAUUCAUGUAACUUUGCCAGAAUAUUCACUUUUUGUUUUUGUAUAUUUUGAGUUCCAAAGAAUGCUUUUCUGUUGUCAAAGGCUAUUGCUGUGGCUUAUGCUUUCACUCCUUCUUAAUUGUGAUUUACAUGUCAUUGUGAAUGAAGUGAGAUCUUGUCAUCAAAACAUAGUGGCUUUUGCAUUAUGCUACUUCAAUUUCACUUGAGAUUGCUUUAGAGGUAUUUGUGAAUUAACAUAUCAAAAUUUUGUUAUCUGCACGAUUUUUCUAAUCUUUAUUUAAUUGAGUGCAUUGCAAAAAGACAAUAUACAGUUGUACUCAAAGUUUUAUUAUCAAACAGCAGUAAAUCAGACUUUGCAAUCAGACUUAGUCAAAUGUAUCAUAUUAAACUAGCCAUUUCUAAUGAUUUGGUUCCUUUUAGGGAUGUUUUGAUUUGUUUGCAUUUCUUGUUUUAUGCAUUAGAUCUUUGUACUUCAGGUAUAUGAAUUUUCUUUAGCUGGACAGAUUUAUCUUGGUCUGUGUUGUAGUUUGAAUCAAUUUAAAAUCAUGCCCGCUUUUUAUGGCUGUGUUUCGCCGUCAUUUUGUCAAUGCUUAACUUCUUAAUAAAUCAGAAUCACAUAGGCAUAAUCUCACUUGACAGUGAUGCUAUCACUGUUAGCCUUUUUGAUCUUGAUAGCUGCUUAACUGUGAUGCCAAUUGAGAGAUUGGAAAAGUCAUUUCAGGUUAAAAUAGGUUUAAAUAACAUUUUGAAAUUUUUCCUGUUGUAGCUUCCUUUCUUAUUUCUCAUGUUUAACUUAAAGCUUUGACCUAGAACCAAGUACAUUCGAAGGAUAAUGUGUGGAAGUCAGGUAAUGUCCAAACACUUCCCAGUGCGCAUUGGUUGGUGUUGAUUUUCAUUAUAAGUUACCGUAAGUAGAGAUCUGGCACACUUAUCGGAUAAUGUCUAUUUUCUUCAUUAACUUCAUUGAUAUCUAUCAGUUAACUUGUUUGUGCAUUACUGCAAGACCCUCGCUCUCGAUGCAACCUUAAACUUAACGAACCAAACGAUGGCACAUUGUGCAAUUUACAUACAGAAGCUAAAAGGCAUGGGCUUGGUCCCCAUCUCUGUAGUUUGCUGGAUCCAUACCUGUUUACUUGAGUAUUUUGAAUCUAAUAUCACAAUAUCCAUUCAAAGGUCUUUUGGAUUACUUUCCACCCUAUGUGAACAUUAUCAAACCAAGUAAUUACAACAUUACCCAAUAUGCUCAGGGUAGUUUUGACACUACCCGACUUCCAACAUUACUCUUCACAUUAACAACCAGAGGCUAGUGAAAUUGUUAUGCAAUGUUUGUAUACCAGUAAAUCAAUUUAGUGAAAUGUCAUAAUUUUUGCCAUUUAUGCAUCACAUAUCAUAUAUAUCAUUUGUAGACUCAUUGUCAAGUAUUUUAGAGAAAUUUGUUGUGUGCUGAACGGUUAAAUGGAGCGUGGAUUCAUCCCUGAAUUUGCUGGUUGGAGAGUGUCAUAUUACAAUAGAGAUAUGGUGGUGGAUAUUCAAGAAUCAUUGUGUAUGCCUCAAUUCUUCUGUUUCUUCAAAUACUUGCCAUUACACCAAUACAGUGCCAUGCUGUACAACUAUUGUAGUCUCCUUUGUAGUUUAGGGUAUGUCUCUGUUAGAUGCUAAAAUAUCUUCCAAGCGCAGAUAUGCUCUACAGUAAUAUGUGUUUGUGUUUAGUAUGUGAUAUGGUAGUUUAGUUUUCAGCUUUGGUUUAAAGAAUAGCAAUCAUUUUAUGGGAUUGGACUGCUAUGAAUUUUAUUUAGAUUGACUUACCUGCCAAGUAUUACUGAUCAGGAUUGUCAUUUACACGCCACAUGUCAGUUCAUUAAGGUAGUUCACGCAUGUUUUGUGAUUAGUUCUUGUCAAAUAACACCACUCAACAAGUCUAUGUCUUACACUAUUCCAAGAAUGUACUCCAUGCACCGUUAUCAUGGUUGCAUUACUUUUUUCCCUGUAAAAGAAACCAGUUAUGUAGUGUUUGUACAGUCAAUUUUCAGUACUGGAACAUUUAAGACUGAGUUCAACUGCCAUGUUUACAUUGCAAUGCAGCUAUACACAGUUGGUUGUUAAACUUCACAUUUUUCUACAGUUUUGUACUACUUUGUUAACAAUAUAAUUGUUACUCUUUUGUGACCUUCCUUUAACAUUUAAAUAGUACCUCUUUUUAUGUAGUAAAUUUUUGAUUGUUUGGACAUUUUUAGUGGUUCUAAAAGAGGAAUGAAUUUUGGUGAAAUGACUUGUUGAGUGAAACAGUUUUGGUGUUAGUAAAUAGGUCUCUUUACUGUUUCUCCUUAAUUACAAUGAAUGGUAUGACGAAAUAGCAGCCCUGCAUUGACAUUCUGAUUUGUCUCGUGUGACAUUUUUAUGGAAAUGUUGUGGAUAUGCUAUUUUACUAAAUUUGUUAGAGAAUGAUAAGCAGGAUUUCUACUGUGAAAUGCAUAAUCGCACAUUCCAUCAUGAUCUUUGUACCGUAAAAAUGUUUCCAAAACUGUUAAAUUGAUAACAUUUUCUAAACUAAGACAAGCAGAUUUACCGUUAUCUGACUUUAGCUUAAGUGCAUGUGUUGUCUUAAUGAUUAAUACCAUCUCUGAAAACAUUGUUUCCAUUCUACACAUUUAAAUGACUUACCUUGAUAUAGAUGAAAAAAUUAAAUUUCUGUUAUAAUUUGUGGUCCUGUCAAUUUACAAAGCCCAGUUCAAAUUUAUUCUGUGUUGAUUUUAUAUGGAAUUAGCAUUUCUAUGUGUACCUCAUUUUGAUAACUAUAUUCUGUGGACUGUGUUACUUUAUUUACCUAUGACAAAUAUGUACUGUAUGUUAUCUUAAUGUUUUCAUCCAUGUUAACGUUAUGUGUAUUACUGUUUUUCCUUCUUUUUUACUGCCUGAUACUAAUGCAGGUGUUUCAUCAAUUUUAUUUAAAUGUAAGAUUUGUGUGGUUACCAUUGCAAAUAACUGCCAAAGAAAUCACACAUAUUGUGGUUAUAAUUAGUAUUCACCUAGUAUUUAGUCAAAGUAUUCUAUGUAAGGCUUGCUGCAUUUAUAGCAAUGCUUGUUUACAGAAUUUUUUCUUUAAGAAAAGUUGUUGUGAUGCAAGUUAAAGCAAGAUUUUUUUAAAAAGUGUGAUGUUGCAUGUACUUGUAACCAACAAAGUACUUCAACACUUCAAGCUUAUAUAGUCUUUGUGGGAAGGCCCUUUGAACAGACUGCUAGGGAUACGUAGUUGUUUGUUGACAAGCACGACCAGCUAUUGAUAACUACUACACUAUCAUCUAACUUUGCAAAAUUGUAUCUCUGUAUUUUAGGGUUGAGAUCAAGCUGAGUAUUAAUCCAAAAUCUUUUCAAGAAACUUUAGUGUUUGUGUUAAAAGUGCACCUUUUCAUGCAAGCACUUGUCAUGUCAUGUCACUUGUACUUCUUACACCUAUAACCCUAGAAAGAGAUAGGAGUUUUCUGAAUUAGCAGUCUUCAUUAAUUGCAAUGGUUCAAUUUUCUUUUAACAUUUGAACAUCUUGCUUUGAAGAUUGUAGCUUAUCAUCUGGCAUAAGUAUAUAAAGCAUAAAGUUUGUCGUGUCUUAUCCCUCCUUGACUAAAUUACCGAAAUGAGCUGCUCCUGAUUAAGGUGUAGUCUAUUUCGACCUGUUGUAAGUUUGGUAUGUUGAUCAUACUAAAGAAUGAAAAUUUUAUGUGUUGAUAUUAAAAGGUUUAGUUUGGAUAUUAUUUGGUUUCCCGAGAACAGAAUUUCUAGUGAUAAAGGAAGGUGUUCCACAAAUUUUUUUUUCGAACGAGGGUGAGAGGAAGAUUAUAAUCUAAUUCACAAGUCAUUGGCUUCGUUCUCAACAUGAGUAGAAUUUUCUACAAACAUUUGCCUCCUAAUUCUGUACUCCUAGAGUAAGUCCCUGAUACCCAUUGCAAAAUGCUGCUUGAUAUCUUGCUUUCCUGAUAAUUAAGCCAUAUUUCAAGACUGCAUCAAAUUUAAUCAACUGAUUUGUAUGAAUUUAGUCUCAUAUUUAAAGAAAAUCGGUGACAAAUUCAUAACUUUUCCAAAUUCUGGGACUGAACCUCUCUUUUACUUCAUUACCCAGUAAUAAAAUGGAUGGUGCUUUUUAAACGUGUUUUUCUUUUUACAGAAUCUUACCAUAAUUGUUUAAAUAUAAUUUUUAAUAGAGAUGACCAAUUUUUUUGUGUGUGUGUGUGUAUGUUAGUUUGUACUUUUUUUUUUAAAAUUGUUGUAAAUUUGAUUUUGGCAUUUUAUGAAGUAAUGAAAACUUAAUAGUCAGAUUUUAUCCGUACUAUGCAACUAUAAGCCUCAAAGUUACGUUACUAAAUUAUUAAAGCGAUAUAAAAGUCAAUUAGCUGAGUGCAGACAGAUCAAAAGUUCCUCGGAUUUUGUGAAAAUCGUUGAGAUUACACUUUGUAAUACUUAAUAGGUAGUUGUUGAGAUGAUUUGAGGUCACUGCUUAAAGAAAGAGUGUAUAUGUGCGUUAUUGGAAGACGAAAUAAAGAUUGUAAACUAAAAA